AUGGCCUCCUCCUGGGUCUCAGAAGAGUCCUUUCCGAGCGGCACCCACUCCAAAACGGCCAACCAGCAAAAGAAGGUCGACGAGCUCGUACACAAAUACCACAGAAUUAGAUUCCCCAGUCCCACCCUUAGAGAUAUUCUCAAAUCCCCCCAUAAGUCUGAUCUGCUCGUAAGCGCCGUCCGACGCCAGUGCUCCCUCGUCAGAUGCCGCUCCCAGGAUCUCGAAGACAACCAAGUCACCAUUUACGAUAAAGCUUUGUUAACCCUUUCAAGGAGUGGAGAAGACCCGGCUGAGCUGUGCGCUCUGGAAUUGUACCUGACGGAAUUUCUUGGGAUUGUCCCAAUUGUUAGUGCUGUCCACAGUAAGGAUAUUGCGGCCAAACACCUGGUGUUGCAUUCCGUUUUGCUGGGAGCUGGUGCAUCUCAGAACGUGUCUCGAAACCUCAGUGCUUCUGAGAAGCAUCACCAGAAGCCGGACAAACAGACCUCGAUGGCACCUACAACGCAUCACGAUCCCUCCAUGAAAGACAUCGGUAUGAAGUCUUAUUCAGAACCACACGCUUUCAGGAAGACGGUGGAACGGAAUCCAGCCCUCGCUGAGUAUCAUGGAAGCGAAUCUGGCACACUCAAGAUUGACACCAGAUCUGUAUCUGAGAAUCGCUGCCAGAGAGAGCGAACCCAGAGAAAGACGCAUCAUUCCCCCAAAGCCGAUUCUACCUCUAACUUGAAGAGGAAGAGGGAUGAUGAAGCCGUCGAAAAUCGAGCUGAACGGCUCCUCGAAGUAUUCUUCCAAGCCAAGGAGGAGUACAUCAAUCAAACGCACAAGGAAGGGGUACACAAUCACAACAUGGUCCGAUUUCUACGAGACUCUGCAGAGAAUGCUCUCACAUACCUCCAGGCGAACAAUAUGGGUAGUCAUAAGUUUAUCCCAAUCCUUGAAGAAUGGUUCACGCUCACGAGGAACAAGGCCACUGCUCUGUUCGGUGGUCGAGAGCGCCAUUUCGAUAAGAAAACCCCUUUGCCUCGCAAACGCCCGCACGCGAAGAAGCGUAUGCGACGGACUGUCGAUUCUUAUCGACCUUAG